CCUUUUCAUUUUACAACUUAAAAAAAUAGAGACUAAAUAAAGAAAUGGGAAAUGCACAAUCCUCAGGGGAUAAUGAAGUUUACCCAACCAUUGUUCCAAAGAAAAAACCACCCACACCAUACAACUUUUUCGACAUACAACAUACAGCAGACUUACCCUCGCCGACUCGAUUACGAAAAGAAUCUACGCAUACCUCUUCAGCUCGAUCACAUACCAGCAACAGUAACAAGAGUGUAAAGGAUACGUCUAAUUACUUUGAGAUGGCUGCCGUUGCACAUGAACCGAGCCUGCUUUCAAAAACUUCUUCGCCCCGAGGCACAACACCCGCAUCUUCAAUCAAAAAAUCAUAUACACAAUCCUCUUCUCAGAUGUACCAAUUAACACCUACUAGCUCAAGAUCAUCUUCCACCAAGACAAUAAAUACACAAACAGAAAAAAAGAAGCCGCCAUCGAAUGUGUCUGAUCAUUUGAUGAUUGACGGAAGAACAUAUUCUAAAAACCAUGCAUCCAAGAACUUUAUGUUACCCUGCGACGAUGACGAAGCCGAUCGAUUGAUGACUAUGCAUUAUAUCCUUAAAACCAUGUUUCAAUGGAAUUUUAUAUCACCUAUUCAUGAGUCGUUUUCAUCUGGUGAGAAAUUGAAAGUCCUUGACAUUGGUUGCGGGCCUGGUACUUGGAUAAUGGAGAUGGCAACAGAGUAUCCAAAUUCAGAUUUCUAUGGUUUAGAUGAAUGCUCACUAUUUCCAGCCUCGAUCAAACCUGCCAAUGCACACUUUCAAAUCCAUGAUAUUCUGAAAGGUCCAUUACCAUUUGAAGACGAAAUGUUUGAUUUUGUAUAUAUGCGAUCCAUGAUGAUUUAUUUGUUACCUGAAGAACUUGCUACACUCUUAUCCGAAAUUCACCGUGUAAUGAAACCUGGCGCUUAUCUGGAAGUUGUAGAUACAAAUUAUACGAUUCGACGUGCUGGUCCAUUAUCGAAUUCGAUCAUUAAUACCGAAUUAAAGCAAAAAAUGAACCCUGUAGGUCACGUCAACACGGUCGAAUCUAAUACACACCAUCCUAUUUUCACUUUCCUUAUGAUGACGCAGGACCAUACCCUGUCAUUUUUGGGACACUUUGUUGAUAUCACUCAAGAACACGUUGCUAUACCUGUUGGCAACUGGACAGGGCAACAACUGGAUACACUUCAUACUCAAAAUGUAAAGUCAUUCUUAUCAACAAUUCAUCUCAAGGAAAGAAGAUUGACAACGCAAGAGAUCAACGAGAUCAUUGAUGAAUGUGGCCGAUACAACUCAUAUCUUGAUUAUUUUGCUUGUUAUGCAAGGAAGCCUUCACGUCAAGAUAAUUUGGAGCAAAACACCAUAGAUUCUAUUAAUGAAUUCGUUCAAGGAUUUGUAGAUAUUUAAAAAAA